AUGAAGCAAAGAAUUACAGGUUUGGAUCUUCAAAUAAUAACUGCGGAGCUCUCGAAAGAGAUUUUGAACUAUCGUUUGCAAAAUAUUUACAAUGUAGCUAGUUCGUCUCGUCAAUUUUUACUCAAAUUCUCCAUUCCAGAUUCCAAAAAAGUGGUGGUCUUGGAUUGUGGAAAUAAGCUCCAUUUAACGGAAUUUGACCGACCAACUACCCAAACGCCAUCCAACUUCGUCACCAAAUUGAGAAAGCAUUUGAAGACUAGGCGCUUAUCCCAAAUUAAGCAAAUUGGUAACGAUAGGGUCUUGGUAUUUGAAUUCAGCGAUGGUUUAUUCUACUUAGUUUUAGAAUUCUUCAGUGCCGGUAAUAUAUUAUUGUUAGAUCAAGAUAGAAAGAUUUUGUCUUUACAGAGGAUGGUGAGUGAUAAAGGUGGCAACGAUAGAUACGCAGUUAAUGAGAUUUACAAGAUGUUCGAUGAUUCAUUGUUCAAAUCAGAUUUUAAUUAUGAACGCAAGUUGUAUUCAAAAGAACAAGUUCAAGAGUGGAUAAAAUCACAAAGGGAUAAAUUAGAGCAGAGGAAUCAAGAUGGCAAGAAGAAAAAUAAAGUUUUUUCCAUCCAUAAAUUAUUAUUUGUUAAUUCUAGUCAUCUCUCUAGUGACUUAGUUCUACUCAAUUUACUAAAGAAAGGCAUACAGUCUUCGGCAAGUUGUUUUGAGUUUGAAAAUGAUGAUGCAAAGUUGGAUUUAAUUAUUAAAGCAUUAGACGAAGCUGAAAGUGACUACAUUAAUUUAUUGGAGAAAUCAGAAGAUGGAAUUACAGGAUAUAUUGUCAGUAAAAAGAAUCUUCUGUAUAAUCCUGAUAAUGAAGAUUCCACAAAUGAUUUAGAAUAUAUCAUGGAUGAAUUUUAUCCAUAUAAGCCUUAUAAAUCUGAUCUGGAUAAUUAUAAAUUUACAGAAAUACAGGGUUAUAAUAAAACUAUGGAUUCCUUUUUUUCAACUAUUGAGUCUACUAAAUAUGCAUUAAGAAUUGAUCAACAGAAACAACAAGCAACAAAAAGAUUAGACCAUGCUCGUGAUGAAAGAGAUAAACAAAUUCAAUCUUUGCUUGCACAGCAACAACUGAAUAUAAAAAAAGGAGAUACAAUAAUGUACUAUGCUGAUUUAGUAGAUCAGUGUAAGGAAUCAGUUGUGAAAUUAAUUGAUCAGCAAAUGGAUUGGACCAAUAUUGAAAGUCUUAUUGAAUUAGAACAAUCAAGAGGUAAUGCAAUUGCUAAGAUGAUUAACUUGCCUUUGAAUUUGAAGGAGAACAAAAUCAACUUGCAUCUUCCAGACAUGGAUGAAGAAAACGAAGCAUCGAGCGCAUCUGAUUCCAAUUCUGAUUCUGAUUCUGAUAGCUCUAGUGAUGAAUCUGAGCUGGAUUCUGAUUCUGAUUCUGACUCUGAUUCUGAUUCUGAUUCUGAUUCUAAGGCAACCCCAGCAGCAAAGUCUAAAGUAAAGAAGGUAAAAAGCAGAGACAAACCCAAAAAAUCCAAAGUCUCUGUUUGGAUUGAUAUUUCAUUAUCUCCUUUUGCAAAUGCAAGACUGUACUUUGAAAGCAAGAAGUCAGCGGAGAGUAAGCAAAUUAAAGUUGAAAAGAGUACUGAAUUUGCAUUAAAGAACGCGAAAAGGAAGAUUGAACAAGAUUUAAACAAUAAGUUGAAAAACGAAAAUGAUUCUUUGAAACAUAUCAGACCGAAGUAUUGGUUCGAGAAAUUUUUAUGGUUUGUAUCAAGUGAAGGAUAUUUGUGUUUGGCUGGUAGAGAUAAUUCUCAAGUUGAUAUGAUAUAUUAUAGACAUUUUAAUGAUAAUGAUUAUUUCGUAUCAUCGGAUAUUGAAGGCUCUUUAAAAGUGUUCAUCAAAAAUCCUUUCAAAGGCGAGGGUAUUCCACCUUCUACAUUAAUGCAAGCAGGAAUAUUUGCCAUCUCUGCUUCUUCUGCGUGGAAUGGUAAAGUUACAACGUCUGCUUGGUUAUUGCAUGGUACUGAAAUCUCUAAGAAAGAUUUCGAUGGUAGUCUAGUAUCAUCCGGAAACUUUAAUUACAAGGCUAAGAAGACUUACCUUCCACCAUGCCAACUCGUUAUGGGAUUUGGGUUCUAUUGGUUAGGUGAUGAAGAAUCGACUAAAAAGUAUAGAGAAGCUAGGAAUUCGAGAGAACAAGAACACGGUUUGAAAAUUGUAAUGGAUAACAAAAAGCAGGAUCUCGAACAAUCUUCAAAAUCUCUGAAUAAUAUUCAAUCUAAUUCCAGCGAAGUGAAUAAGGAGGAAAAUAUUUUGACUAAAGAAGAUUCCGAACCUUCUAAAGAAGAAACCACGAUUAAACCAGCUUCAGAAUCUAAAGAGGGUAAAAAGAGAUUGAGUGCUAAAGAAAGGAAAAUUUUACGUAAAGGCAAAGACCUUAAAGCGUCUGAAAAUGACGAUACCGAAGAGGAGGUUUUUGAUCCGAUCGAACAAGAAAUGAAGAACUUGAAGCUUGAAGAAACAAAAAAGAAGACAGCGGAGCCAUCCUCUCAAAAGCCACCUAACGUGAGAGGUAAAAAUCAAAGAUGA